CCCUAAGCGGAUAAUAAAACAGCAGCAGCACCGCGGCAGGCUCCUCCGAAAAAAAAAACCCAAAGUCCCCCGACUGGGUGAAAACGAUUUGGCGCCAACAUGAAGUGACGGAAGCAGAGCUACGGCGACGGGGGCUGGGCGCUGUUCAAGACCAACUGCUGCCGGAUUGUUCUCUACCGUUUGUGUCCGGCACAGCAGCCGUGUGCACCCGAGAUAAGUGACUACUAAACCUAAUCGGGUUUACGGGGGCACAGGCGUAUUUUUGUCACAGUUUCAUAGCCUUCGCUGUUGUGGACACCGUUCUGCAGAAACCCGUCGAUCAGUUGAGCAGUCAAUCAACAGAUAUGAGUCGUUAUUUAUUUCUAUAAUCGAGUAAUCGUAUGAGCCACCUUUCAAGAAGAAAUGUCCCAAUGUUUUGGUUCCAGGUUCUCAAUUGUCUCAGAAAACUUGAAUUAGGCUCCUGGGAGUGCCACAGACAACAAGUCACUGCAAUGGAAAAGUUUGUGAGCCGGGGACAGAACAAAAAACGCUCCUGCACCGGUGAUGCCACAAGAAGAAGUCCAAGGAAGAUUAUUAAACUGGAGGACGAUGAGAGGAUGAAGGAAGAGGAGGACGAAGAAGACACAGAUGCAACUAUAGCAGAGUUCUCUCACCCUGUUCCCUGGCAAAAAAUAGAGGCGGAGGGACUAGACUGUGAUUAUGCUUUACUCUUCUCCAAAGAAGAAGCAGACCAACUCUUUAAACAGCUGGAGGAGGAGCUGGUGUACGCAACAGGGGAAGAAGCUAAAGUGCAGGUGUUUGGAAAGGUGUACAAUAUACCAAGAAAGCAGGCAACAUACGGAGACGCAGGUCUAACCUACACUUAUUCUGGGGUGAAACGUUCAGCCUGCCCGUGGACUCCCACCUUGGAAUCCAUUCGGGAUGCUGUCACAAAAACAACAGGACAGACAUUCAACUUUGUCUUGGUCAACAGGUACAAAGACGGGCAGGAUCACAUGGGUGAGCAUCGUGAUGAUGAAAAGGAGCUGGACCCCCUCUGUCCCAUCGCCUCUGUCUCUCUGGGAGCAGCACGAGACUUCAUCUUCAGGCACAGAGACGCUCGGGGAAAACAGGGCUGCCGACAGAUCGAACCUGUGAAGCUGGAGCUCGCUCAUGGAAGCCUGCUCCUCAUGAACCCACCGACCAACACUUUCUGGUACCACAGCCUCCCUGUGCGCAAGAGGGUCCUCCUGCCUCGCAUCAACCUCACCUUCAGACGCAUCGCGCUGGACAGCAAGAAAUGAGAGGUAGCCGUGGCCAAGCGUGGAUUAUCAACAGGAGGAAGGACGACGCCCACACUUGUCAGAAGUCCCUGAGCAAAUGGACAAAUAUCAGAAAACUAAAAUGUGUGUCUUAAGGUAGCAUCUGCAUCAGAGUGACCAAAUGGCAGCACAAGGUGAAAUAAGUGAGGGCCGUCAACUGGGACUCUGGAGAAGGAGCAUUUUCAGUGAAUCAGUGGUUUAAAAUAACAUAGGCCCGAAUUUCUGUAUAACUUUAGCUCAAACUACCACUGUUUCAGUAACCUUCGUCAGCUUACUCUUUGUUCAGCAGUUGGGAAUGUUCCCGAAAGAAUGAACAAUAAAUUCAACAAUUACUAACAAUUCAAUCUUCUUGAAAAGUUACAGGUUUGCAUUGAUUGCAGACUGUAUUGGCUACAUUUAACCAGAAUGCGCUGUUCAAUGUCACUUUUCUUGAAUAGUCAGUGGAUUACGUGACUGGUUGAAAUAUAGAUUGAUAUUGGUCAGACUCAGCUUUGGGUGAGUUUAAUAUGAAGUGGAGGAGACCUACUGUCCUGUUGUCUAUGGCCAGCUAUCUGUAAAUGGUAAAGAUGUUUCCUGAGCAACAAAGUUCAUUCUUGACCAUGGAAAUAGUAGUUUGACAAAAAAAAAAAAAA